CGAAGAGGUUCAUCACCGCAUCCACCAUUCAUAAAUAUGCGGCUCCCGAUCAACCUCCUCUGUCUGACUCUGUCGAUCCUUCCCUCCACCCUCGCCGUUUUCGCAGACGAGGCCUACCAUGUCGAUUACCAGCACCAAUUACUAGGCAUCCCGCAACCGCAUACGACGUUCUUCCAUCGUCCUAGGCCACAAGACAAAGCGACAUUAUUGUAUACGUUGAGUGAUCUGGGUGUGCUUGGAGCCGUUAAUCCUGGGACUGGGGAGGUCAUAUGGCGGCAAUUCCUCGCCGGGAGCCACGGCGCUGACGAUGCGCGCCUGGGAGGCUUUCUGAGGCCGGUGGAAGGAGAGAGCGGCGUCGUUUCUGCGAUUGGGAAUAGAGUCGAUGCCUGGGAUGCUAUGACUGGUCGAGAAAGCUGGGGGAAUGUGUUCAGCGGAUCCGUCAGAGAUUUGGAGGUUAUGGAGGGACCGACUACAGAGGGCCAAGCCAAGGACGUGCUGGUUUUGUUCGAGGACGCCGGCCACAAGGGAAUCUUGAGGAAGUUGAAGGGCGCGAAUGGAAAUGUGGCUUGGGAAUAUGAGGGGGACAGCCAUGACAUCCCAUUUCAAGUCAGUACAGAUGCGGCGAACGUAUUCCUGGUGUCCCUGCACACCUCAGGAGGAGGGUACGACAUGAAAGUUACGACACUCGAUCCAGUUACUGGGAAGAAGACCAACGAGUACAAGCUUUCGAGUCAUGGAGAUGUUCAUUCCCCGGAGGAUGUAUUAUUCGUGGGGGCCAAUUCAGCAGCUCCGAUUGUUGCUUGGGCGGACAAGGCCAAGAAGACUCUCAAGGUUAACAUCCUGGGUAAACCCAAGGAUUUACACAACCUAGCACUGAAGGAAUUGGAUGGGGAUAUCGUGAAGGUCACUCUGCACGCCCCACAUCUUCCCCAAUCACUACCGCAUUUCCUAGUCCACAGCGAAUCGGGCCUUUCAAACCGAGCAGACGUCUACCACAUCGAUCUCGCAAGUGGAAGCAUCAACAAGGCAUACGAAUUGCCGAAGCUAUCAGGAAAAGGUCUGUUCUCAGCAAAUUCCCAAGAUGCCAAUGUCUACUUCACUCGCGAAACCGAGCACGAGGUCAUCGUUGUCUCAUCUGCCUCUCAUGGGAUCCUCGGAAGAUGGCCAGUCAAGGCUGAGAAAGAUCAUGGAGCGCUUCUUCAUGGUGUUUCGGAAGUCGUGAAACGUGCUGAAGAUGCAUAUGCUGUCAGGUCCGCUAUAGUUACCGCGGACGAGGACUGGGUACUGGUCCGCAAUGGAGCUGAAGCUUGGUUCCGUCCGGAGGGUCUUUCCGGCGCUGUGGCUGCAGAGUGGGCAGAGAUUCCAGAGCCAGAAAGCUUGGCUAAGACUUUGGAGGCUGAGGCCCACAGUAACCCCCUCUCUGCAUACAUUCACCGUGUCAAGCGUCAUGUGAAUGACUUGCAGUACCUCCCUGCCUAUCUACAACAACUUCCACAACGUUUCUUAAGCAGCAUUCUUCCAGGAGAAACCACCCUGCAAAAGCCAGGAACCCUCGUACGCGACAAUUUUGGUUUUAACAAACUGGCUAUUGUGGCAACUCAGCGUGGCCGGGUAUAUGGGAUCGAUUCUGGUAAUCAUGGAAGGAUUGUCUGGUCAUUGAAGGCGUUUGACAUACCUCGUGGUGCGAAGUGGGAUGUGAGAGGAAUUUGGGUUGAGAACUCUAGAGGCGUCACAACGAUCAUAGGAGCUGAAGGCGAGCACCUCUUGAUUCGAACUGCUACUGGCGAGAAUGUCGAGACACCGAACCAUGGAUCUUCACCCGUUGCAAGCGCUGCUGUUGUUGAUAGCCCGUCUGGAAGAUGGUUCUUACCAAUUGGCGUCGAUGGCAACCCGGGCGAGGUCCCCAAAGAUUGGGCACCAAAAGACACUAUCGUCGUGCAGGGUGCAAAUGGAGAGGUAAGGGGCCUGAAAUUUGAGGUCAAGGGUGAUAAAGCCCACCCUGUCAUUGCAUGGAAUUUUCAGCCUCCUCUAGGUCAGAGAGUCACAAAUGUUGCUGCACGACCUGCCCAUGAUCCGGUCGCAUCCAUCGGUAGAGUUCUUGGUGACCGCACUGUCCUCUAUAAGUACCUCAACCCGAAUCUCGUAUUGGUCACGGCAGUGUCAGACGAGGGCUCCACCGCGUCAUUCUAUCUUCUCGAUACUGUCUCAGGCGAUAUUCUGUAUUCAACAAGCCAUGAAGGUGUCGAUACAAAGCAACCAAUUACCUCCGCCCUCACAGAGAACUGGUUUGCUUACUCUCUCUGGGGCGAUGUCUUGGCCAAUACUAGUACCACCGCCCUUCCAGCAUCCAAAGGAUACCAAAUUAUCAUCUCUGAGAUGUUUGAAUCGGGCAUCGCCAACGACCGUGGUCCACUUGGCGCUACAGCAAACUAUUCCAGCCUUGAACCCUCCGAAAUCCCCAACGUCGAACCCGCCAUCCCUCACGUCCUGACCCAGUCUUUCCUCAUCCCAGAAGCCAUUAGCCAUAUGUCCGUUACACAAACACGUCAAGGAAUCACGACUCGGCAACUCUUGUGCGUACUUGAUUCUUCCAAUGCAAUAAUUGGCAUCCCACGCGCAAUGCUGGAUCCUCGCCGCCCUGUUGGCCGGGAUCCGACAGCCCAAGAAGCGGAAGAAGGACUUUUCCGCUACGAACCAUUCCUCCCAUUUGAUCCCAAACUCAUCAUCACCCACAAACGUGAAGUCAUCGGCGUGAAGGGUGUUAUUACAACCCCGGCGCUUCUAGAAAGCACGAGUUUGGUGCUUGCUUACGGGAUUGAUAUAUUUGGAACGAGAGUUACGCCUAGUUUUGCGUUUGAUAUCCUUGGGAAGUCGUUCAAUAAGCUGAGUUUGGUGUCGACGGUGGUUGCGCUGGCCAUUGGUGUUUUUAUAUUGGCGCCUAUGGUACGGAGGAAGCAAAUCAAUGGCCGAUGGAUGACCUCAUAG